CAGCUGAGGGGUAGAGGCCCGGCGGGUAACACCUCUCCUCCGCGCAAGGGGGCUCCCAUCGCUGCAUGCGGCGGCCUCCGCUCCCUGCAGGCCGACGCCUUCCCCCAGGCCCCCACCCGGAGAGCAGCAGCAGCACCGCCUCCCCCCUCCUAGCCCGGCGGCUGCAGCGGUUCCGCGCCGCUCCCCUGGGGCUGGCGAGGGAAGAUGGCUGGUCAGGGCGGCAGCAGCGCGGCGCCGCAGAGAGGCAGCGGCCGCGGGGUUGUGAUUUCAGACGAUUGGCCAGGCUACAGUUUGGAUUUAUUCACAUAUCCACAGCACUACUAUGGAGAUCUGGAAUAUGUGCUCAUACCUCAUGGUAUUAUUGUUGACAGGACAGAAUGCUUGGCCAAAGACAUCAUGCAAGACAUUGGAGACAAUAACAUUGUGGUUCUCUGUGUACUUAAAGGUGGCUACAAGUUCUGUGCUGACCUUGUGGAGCAUAUUAAGACUCUCAGUAGAAAUUCAGAAAGGUCCAUCUCCAUGAAAGUUGAAUUUGUCAGACUGAAAAGUUACCAUCAUGAUCAGUCUACGCAAGAUAUGCAAAUAAUAGGAGGAGAAGAUCUUUCAAAGCUGACUGGAAAGAGUGCGUUAAUUGUGGAGGAUAUUAUUGGAACUGGAAGGACUAUGAAGGCUCUGCUUAAUAACAUAGAAAAAUACAAGCCAAAGAUGAUUAAGGUAGCAAGUUUGUUGGUGAAAAGAACAUCCCAACCUGAUGGGUACAGACCUGACUAUUAUGGAUUUGAAAUUCCAAAUUUGUUUGUGGUAGGUUAUGCCUUAGACUACAACGAGCACUUCAGAGAUCUAAACCACAUAUGUGUUAUCAAUGACAACGGCAAAGGAAAAUACAAAGUCUGAAGUAGUAGGGUCCAAGCCUGAAGAUCUGUACAUUCAGUGAACUGGAAAUUUGACUACAAUCCUUGAAACAUCUCCCUGAAAACUAAUUUAGUAGACUUAUGUUUCUUUCAUUUCAGUAUAAAAAGUGGUUUCCUCUAAGGAUAGUGACUUUGGUAUUCAAAAUUGAGUGCUCCUCUCUAAAUAUGAAGUAUUGGGCUUUUAAUGUAUUGCAGGUUUUAAAUACUAAAAUUACAACAUAUUAGUCACAAGACACAGUAACUUACCUACAGACUUGUGAAUACAUCUUUUCUACAUUUAGUCAGUCACCCUAGUCACUUGUUAUUUUUACAGUUUGUAUACCUUGGAAUGUCAUAUACAGUUGCUCAGCCAUAACUUUACAUUGUGUUUUAAAUUUGAUUUUGUAAUAUUGCCAAAAUGUAUUAACCAGAAAAUUCAGCAUCACUUUAGUUCAAAUCAAAUCCAACACUAAUGUUCAGUGUUAAUACAUACACUGUUAGGUUUCAAAUGAAUGUGUGUGUUCGUGUAUUUCUGACCACUAUUAUCUGCUCCAUUAGAAUAUUUUGAACUACAGUAUACAAUGAAUCUUAAUGAUGUUCUGAAAUAAACUUUUUCAGCACACUCUUGAUUUGAACUUUCAAGAUGAGAUGAUAAUGGUGUGUCAUAUGUAUGGAUGUAUUCAACUGUGUUUAAUAUACUGAAUUUUAAUUGAAAGAAAACAAUGGUGGUGAGGCUUCAGUUUCUAAACUGCAUCUUUUUAUUUGUAUGAGACAUAAGUCACAGAAUGAACAAAAUGUUUUCAAGGGCAUAUUUCCAUAAUUAAAAAUAAUAAAGUACAAAA